AUGAACCAACGUAUUAUAGAUUUAUUUAACACUACAUUUCAAAACAUCACCGCCCUCACAACUUUCGACACAACCAAAGAGCGAACAACCCUUCAAGCAAAAAAAGAAUCUGAGGACGCCUAUCACAACUCAGAAGACUACAAACACCUUUUGCAGCAAAUUACAUUGAAAAAACAAAAAAUUUCCGAAAACGACAAAGCAAUUGAACACAACAAAGAACUUGCUGUUCUUAAAAACAAAAUCGACUCGGAUAAGCACCACCUUCAAAUUUGUGUAGCUUUGAAAACGCUAUUGACCACACGUAUUCAAGUCGAAACAAAUCUCGCAAUCGUUUCUUCAACGUCGUGUACAGAAGAAUCCCUCAAGGAUUUGUUAUCAUCUUUAAACCUCUACUCCCUCUCGCUUUCUCAAGAAAUGCCUUCCGAACUGACAAAUCAAUUCACGGAGUACAAAGAGACGUAUCAGACUUAUCUGAACAAGUCGAUGAAUGUUGUUUCCAUGAAACUUUCCAACUUGAUGAAGUCCCAAAAUUUCCCGAAGAGUCCAUUAACGGAAACAACAAAAGUGAAGAGCUACACCGACUUUUUACAGUCACAUUUGUUUGCUCAAACUACACCAAAAAGCGCGUUGUCGAACGCUUUGAUGACAUCGACGAUCCUUUUGGUACAACAACUUUUCCAACGCGAAGACUCGAAGUUGUACGCAUACACAUCGCUUGACUUGGUAAUACCAUACAUCAGA